AUGCAACGCAGCAGAGGAGGGUUCCUGGAUGCCUUUGCCACUUCAGCCAGGAGAAGGCAAGGACGAUUUGAUGGGAUCUCACCUGUAAGAGGAAACAACAGGAAUGCAGCAGUGACUGCUGCUUCAGAGGAGAGGAACAAACACUUAUCUAAUUUUCUGCACCCUGAAAUUCAGACCCUGGGACUGGUCGAGGAUGCUGGCCAUGGAAUAAAAGAUACUGAUUAUUGUGGAGAUUUACCAAGCAGGAUUGAGCAGGAAAGGCAGAUACCUCAGUUCCUGCGCUGGAAAGGUCGGGCCCUGCCGGCUCCAGGAGCGGCUGCCGGGGUCGCACCGGAGGGGACGCGGCCGCGGGCCCGCAGUCCCUGCGCUUCCCUCCGCCGGGGCCGGGCGGCGCUGGCGCUGCCGCCGUCGAGGCGAGACACCGCCCACGGCGGGGGUGGCCCCGCGUGGGGGGCGCUGGCACAGGGCGGCGGCGAGACCUUCGGGGACCGCUCGCUCAGCCAGGGCCUGAGCGUGCUGGUGGGGCUGGGGCUCUGCGCGACCAUGCUGGGGCUGGGCUGCGCCGUGGAGUUGGGGCAGCUGGGCCAGCAGCUCCGGCGGCCCGUAGGGCUGCUGCUGGCGCUGCUGGGACAAUUCGUGGCCAUGCCACUGGUGGCCUUCCUCCUCGCCCUCAUCUUCGCCCUGGACGAGGUGGCGGCCGUGGCUGUACUGCUGUGCGGCUGCUGCCCCGGCGGCAACCUCUCCAACCUCAUGUCGGUGCUCGUCGACGGGGAUAUGAAUCUGAGCAUUAUCAUGACGGCCUCCUCCACACUGCUGGCCCUCUUCCUGAUGCCCCUCUGCCUCUGGAUCUACAGCCGCCACUGGAUCAACACGGCCGUGGUGCAGCUGCUGCCCCUGGGGGCGGUGAGCCUGACGCUAGGCAGCACCCUGCUGCCCAUCGGCCUGGGGGUGCUGAUCCGCUACCGGCACCCCCGCGCCGCCGACCUCCUGGUCAAGAUUUCCCUGUGGUCUCUCUUGGUGACUCUGGUGGUCCUGUUCAUCCUGACUGGGACCAUGCUGGGCCCAGAUCUGUUGGCACAGAUUCCUGCGUCUGUCUACGCCAUUGCAGUGCUGAUGCCUCUGGCAGGGUACGCCUUGGGAUACGGCUUGGCCACGGUCUUUAAAAUGCCCCCACACUGCAGGAGAACAGUGUCUUUGGAAACAGGGUGCCAAAACGUCCAGCUCUGCACCGCCAUUCUCAAACUCACCUUCUCCCCGGAGAUCAUAGGGAGCAUGUACAUGUUUCCCUUGCUUUAUGCGCUUUUUCAGUCAGCAGAAGCAGGACUGUUUGUGCUGGCAUACAAGAUGUACGGAAGAGACAGCUACAAGCAAGAUACACUUGGUGAAGAGGAAGACACAGAUAUUUCCUACAAGAAACUGAAGGAAGAGGAGGUAGCUGAUACUUCAUAUGGCACAGUGACCACAGAGGAGCACAACUCCAUUCAGAUGGAGCCGACUCAGACGGCGCUUUAGGCAGGACAAAGGUAACUCCCUAGACAUGAAUGUGUGUUGAGCUUGCAACCAGGCUGGGGCUGAGCUCGCUGCUGUGCAAGCGGAGCUGCCCGGCCUCUGUCGUUUCUCCAGCUGCUCUCAUUGUACGAGGUGAUAUGUGUUUAUUACCAUGACAGUUCCACUUCAAAAGUAAA